GACUGCAUGCCCUAAACUGCUGUCUGUGUGUCAUCGCUAAGGUUUGUAACAGACUCACACAUGCGCGCGGUGAGACUGCGCAUGCUCACUGUGCGCUCUGUGGUAAACCAGGGAAUGUGUAGCUAGCUUGAGGAGUUUUCAGCUUUAAUAUCCUCGACCCUCGGGUGCCUGGUAUAGGCAAGGAGCCUUUUCUACCCAAUUCUUAAUUGUAAUUGAAAAUGUCCGUGUUCUCGGAGCCUGCUUUGGAGAAGAAAUUAUCAGAACUGAGUAACUCCCAGCAGAGCGUGCAGACCCUUUCACUGUGGCUCAUCCACCACAGAAAACACUCCAAAACCAUCGUCAAAGUCUGGUAUAACGAGCUGAAGAAAGCCCAGGUGUCCCGUAAGCUGACUUUCCUGUAUCUUGCUAAUGAUGUCAUACAGAAUAGCAAGAGGAAAGGACCAGAGUUCACUCAAGAGUUUUCCCCAGUUAUUGUUGAUGCUUUCAAACAUGUUUCCAGAAGGAAAUAUGUGGUAGGCCAAGAAAAAUAUCUGAAAGGCGAAGAAUGGUUAGAAUGGUCACAGACAAACCACAGACCACCUCCAAAGAGCUCCAAGAACAUCUUGCUGCGGAUGGUGUCAUUCUACAUCGCUCCACGGUCCAGCGCACUUUGCACAAGUCACAGCUCAAUGGAAGGGUGAUGCGGAAAAACCUUUUCUGUGUACUGCCAACAAGCAGAGUCGUUUGAGGUAUGCAAAGGCUCGUCUGGUUCAUGUUCAAGAAUCAGUCAAGAGGUUGAAGUUACAGGACAAUGAUCCAAAGCAUUGUUCCAAAUCUACCAAGGGAUUCAUGUACAGACACAGAUACAGUGUUCUAGAAUGGCCAUCCCAGUCCCCAGACUUGAACAUCAUCGAAAAUCUAUAGAAUGAUUUAAAGCAGGCUGUCCAUGCUCGGAAACUAUAAAACCUGACUGAACUGGAGACAUUUUGCAAGGAAGAAUGGUCCAAAAUACUUGAAGCCAGAAUUCAGGGACUUAUC